AUGGCGCAAGAUAAUGCCCCCAAUGCUGCUCCCACCAGCCCACCUGCACACACAGACAACAACGUAGACACCUCCAUGCCCGACGCCGCAACCCCCCAACCCGCGCCCAAACCCGAAAAACCAGCCCACAUCCUUCACCAAUCCACCUUCCGCAAACCAACUUGGUCCUACCUCCACCUCACCCUCACAUCCCCCUCCUUCCCUUCCUCCUCAACCUCAACCCCACAAUCCGACGUCUCCCCGCUCCUCGUCUCCUCGCUCCUUACAUCCGCCCUGCGCACAUACCUAGGCACAAUGGGCACGGCGAUACCCGUUGAUAUACUCAAGACGGCCGGACGGGACGUGUGGAUACGUGUGCCGAGGCAGGAUGUGCGGGGUGUGAGGGCUGCGUUGGGGAGUUGGAUUGGGAGGGUUGAGGGCGAGGAUGUGGGGGUUGAAGGGGGCAAGGUUGGGGUUGCGUGGAAGGUGUUGGGUGGAGCUGGGGUGCUUGGGGGGAUGGGGGGCGGAGAGGAGGUAUUUGGGUGA